GAGAGAGAGAGAGAGAGAGAGGGGGGAGAAAGGCGCAGGAGCAGCGCAGGAAAUCGUCGUCGCCGCUCACUCGUCGCUUCCUAUCCUCCGACGAACGCCACUGUCGUGUUGCACCGCGCGACGAACCCUUGUCUCGACUCUCUUCGGCGGUAUGUCGCGUGGGCGCCCAUUGCACGACGCCGAUACCGCGCCUAACUUCCCGUUUCUCCGCGUCGUGUCGGACGACGCCGAUUGUCAUCGCUUCCGGUGGUCACGAGGAGAGAGCGUUGAACGUGCGUACUCCGGCGCGUGCACGAGCGUGUAAAGAGCGUGAUCGCCUUACCCGUGGUGGCAGCAACAUCCGGCGUAAUCCACGACGAGCGCGAUCAAUGUCCGGAGCACGACGAUCGACCAACGUACCGAGGAAUCACGCGAAGUUACGUUCAAGUGCGCUGCGACUGAUCGAUGCGAUUAGUCGAAGGGACGUCACGUGACACCCUCGAAUUUCGGGCUGCACUUCGUGCAACUGCACCGGCCGAGCUGGGCCUAACCUCGGCCUCGGCGGCGGAUUCCGUCACGUAUUCCGUAAGUCGCUCUCCCGCCCGACGUCUUGAUUGCAGGAUCGCAGGAUCAUUCGUUCGGCGAAGCACGGCUCACGAAGGUACUCUGACGUGCCUCACAGCCUACGUCAGAAUCUCUCACUGGACAUUUCAGAUACGGUACGUACACGAGCAUCUCAAUCGGGCCAACCGACUCCGCCGAGCGCCAGAAGCUUCGUUCGAACGUAUUCGCGUAUCGCCUACGGCUCUUGCCGCGUUUCCGCGUCGAGCAUGGCGCUCUCGCUCUCGCUCUCGCUCUCGCUCGCUCGCUCGUACUCGCGAUCUCUCCAAGUGGAGAUCCGCAGUUUACGCGUAUGAGCCGAGAAUGCGGAGAAAUGAUCCCGCGAAUGCGGGAUUUCUGUGAGAUUCUUUAAAAUACGAGGAGAAUCCUCCGUCGAGUCCGAUUUAUCGUCCACGGCGCGCAGUGCGAAGCGAGCAGCGCGCGCGCGAGGGGAAAGGUGCAAGCGGCUCGACGAAUCGCCGCGUAGCGGCGCGAGUCACGUGACGCGCUCAAAUUCGACUGUCCGCUCCCUUGACUUUGAACGACCCGCCAUUCCGCGAGAGUCAGUCGAGCCGCGAGGCGAGCGUGUACGGAGAGGAGGUUAAUGAAAACGCGCGCGCGUUCCAGAACGAGCGGAGUGACUGUCGUCUCGGUGUACGAAUCUACGGUGGGCGAGUGUCGCGUCGCGGAGUGUCUCGCGUUGAUGGUUCCGUGUGGCUGCCCGAGGAGGAUGUGACUGGAACGCUACCGGGAGUCCUGCGAUCGCGAAGAGGUGUUCUCCUUGAGGGCUUCGUUGCGGCCACCUGCGGAGCUGUGUGAUGAUCACGGCUGGCCCCUCCGCCGCGACGUCCCAUGAAGUCCACGUGCCAAGCUGCCAGGAGCUGCAAAGAUCGAUCGUCGAUCGCCGUCGUCCUCGCCGUCGCUGCUGACUCGACGCGAGCUCGCCGUCGCACGGUCCGCUCGACCUCUAGAUGAAUCACGAUCUAGCCGAAUCGAGGCCGAACCGAACGCGAAUCACACUGAUCGAACCAUGUACAAGAUACUGCGCCGCGGCUCCGGCCGCGUGUUCGUCCUCUGCAUCGUGCUCCUGUCGCUCUUGCUGUGCCUGUACUACGUCAGUCAGGUACAGGCGCCGUCGACCGGCCAUCCCGCCGCGGCCAUCCUGAACGAGGAGCUCAGAUACGACCGCAGUCUGACCUCCGUCACUCCGGAUUACAGCGAGUCGCCGGACGCUCAGGUGUCCCUCGCCACCUGUCCCAUCAUCGUGCCGCGAAACGCGGAUAUCGACGCCCAGCAGGAGUUCAGCAAGUUCGACUUUCAGCCGUCGUGGAUGCGAAGCCGGGAGUAUUGGGACGACAGUUUCGAGGCACGCUUCGCCGAGCUGAGGAAAGAUCCGACGAGGCCGCCCUUGAAGGUUAUCCUCGUGCCUCACAGCCACACCGACCCGGGAUGGCUGAAGACAUUCGAGCAGUACUUCCACAGCUCCACGAGGAGCAUUUUAAACAACAUGGUCUCGAAGCUGCAGCAAUGGCCGAACAUGACCUUCAUCUGGAGUGAGGUGUCGUUCUUAUCGCUGUGGUGGGACAGUGCCCAUCCGACGAAGAAGAUGGUGGUGAAGAGACUGGUCAAGGACGGUCGACUGGAGAUGACCACAGGCGGCUGGGUGAUGACCGACGAGGCUACUUCCCACAUCUACGCGAUGUUGGACCAGCUCAUUGAGGGUCACCAGUGGCUGAAGACGAAUCUCGACGUGAUCCCCGAGUCGGGCUGGUCGGUCGACCCGUUCGGCCACGGCGGCACUAUACCCUACUUCCUCAAGGCGUCCGGCGCGUCCGGCACGGUGAUCCAGAGGAUACACUACGCGUGGAAACAGUGGUUCGCCAAGAAGCAGUACGGCGACUUCGUGUGGCGGCAGCCGUGGGACCGCACCGGCGCCGCCGACAUGCUCACCCACAACCAGCCCUUCGACAUCUACAACAUCAAGCACUCGUGCGGCCCGCACCCGCACGUGUGCCUCAACUUCGACUUCCGGAAGAUACGCGGCGAGUACACGGAGUACUCCGUGCGGGCGGUCGAGAUCACGCCCAACAACGUGAAGCAGAUGGCCGAGCUGCUGUUGGAGCAGUACGCGAGAACCGGCUCCUUGUUCACUCACAAUGUCGUGCUGAUGCCCCUCGGCGACGACUUCAGGUACGACCACGCGAUCGAGUGGGAUCAACAGUACACCAACUAUAAAAUCCUGAUGGACUACAUAAACAGCCGCAAGGACGAGUACAACGCCGAGGUGGUGUUCGGCACGCCCAAAGACUACUUUCGCGAGAUACAAAAGCGCGUGGAGAAGUUCCCGUCGCUGACGGGCGACUUCUUCGUCUACUCCGACAUCUUCAGCGAGGGCAGGCCGGCGUAUUGGAGCGGCUACUUCACUACCAGGCCCUACAUGAAGAUCCUGGACCGCGAGCUCGAGGCGAAUCUCAGGUCUGCCGAGAUUCUCUACACGAUCGCGCUGAACCUCGCCAAACAAUCUGGAAAGGACAUCAAGCUCUAUGAGACGUACUUCGAGAAGCUGGUGAAAGCGAGGCGUAACCUCGGCCUCUUUCAGCAUCACGACGCGAUCACCGGCACCUCCAAGUCCUUCGUCAUGAAGGACUACGCCCUGAAGCUCUUCGAGUCCAUCUCAGACACGACGAGUCUACAGAGCUUCGCCAUACAGUCGCUGGCGGCGACCACGACCAAGUCGAAUUCCGUCUACGUGUUGGCCGAAUCUGACCGAGACAGCUACGAAAAGCUGCCGAAGAAGAUACCGAUCGGAGUCAACGGCCACGAGACGCGAAAGAUCGUCCUGUUCAAUCCGCUGGCGCAGCCCAGGCAAGAGGUGAUCAGUCUCAAGAUCACCUCCUACAAGAUCAGAGUUCUGGACCCCCAGAGGAACCCCAUUCCUUACCAGAUCGCGCCGGUGAUGAACGCCACGAGCAUCACCCACGACGUUUACGUGCUGCUCUUCGUGGCGGAGCUCAAGCCCCUGUCGAUCACCACGUACCACCUGCAGCAGAUCGACAAGGUGCCGAUGGAGGCCAUCUCGACGGUGUACUGCGGCCGUUGCGGCAAGGACAACGUCUUUCCCAUCAAGUCGAUGCAGGUGGGCGACGUGCAGCUGGAGAACCAGCGGAUGAAGCUGCUGUUCGACGGGCAGACCGGCUUCCUCAAGCGCGUCACCAAGAAGUCCACCGGCAAGAUCAUGCAGUGCGCGGUGCAGUUCGCCGCGUACCCGUCCGCGCAGUUCCACAGCGGCGCUUAUCUCUUCAUGCCGGACCCGAAUCUGCGGGACACCGACAAGGACGUGCUGGAGGUGUACACGCCGCACCAGAAGAUCUACAUCGUCAGCGGUAGCCUCAGCUCCCGCCUCACCGUCGAGUACGGCAAGCUGCUGACGCACCACGUGGCGAUCUACCAUCACGAAGGCGGUCUCGGCGAGGCCAUCUACCUGCGCAACAUCGUGGACUUCGAAACACCGCCGAAGAACCGCGAGACCGAGAUGUUUAUGCGCCUGCAGACCGACAUCUCCAACGGCGACCCACCAGAGUUCUACACUGACCUCAAUGGCCACCAGAUGAUCAGGCGCUCCAAGAUCGAGCGGAUCGGCAUCGAGGGAAAUUACUUCCCCAUCACGACCAUGGCUUACAUCGAGGACAACAGUCACCGGCUGACACUACUGGUCAACCACUGCCAAGGCGCGGCCAGCUACCAACCCGGCUGGCUGGAGGUAAUGCUGGACAGGAGGACCCUGUACGACGACUCCAGGGGAAUGGGCGAAGGUCUGCUGGACAACCGCAGGACCGUCAUCAAGCAUUGGCUGCUGCUCGAAGACAUCAGCGGCGACAAGGACGCCUAUUCGAAGCCGUCGCUCUUCGCCAACCACCUGAGCAACGCGCUCAACUACCCGGUCAACAUCUUUGUGGUGGACGGCAGCGAGCAAGAAGUCACCAUGGCGCCCGAGGUACGGCUGCUGAGCCAGAGCUUCCCCUGCGACCUGCACCUGCUCAACCUGCGCACCAAUCACGACCAGAAGCUGCCGCACUUCCCGGUCAACAGCGCUCUCAUGGUGCUGCAUCGGCAAGGCUACAGCUGCUCCGUCGGCAUCGACACGGUGCUCAAGCAUUGCCCGCUCACGAGUCGACUGUCUCCAGGCACCGCCUUCUACAAGCUCGACAACGUCAACGUCACGAAGACGUCGUUGACCGGCACGCGGCCAGGAGCCCGGCUCAAGGACGGCCUUCAGGAGGUCGGCCUGCAGCCGAUGCAGGUCGAGACGUACAAUGUCAACUUCGUGCAAUGAUCAUGAAGCCGUCGCACGGCCGGCCUGCCUUGCCGCGUCCGAUGAACGGUUAACGGAAGCCUCGAGAGUGUUCGCCCCUUCCGAACGACACUGCCGAUAUGAUCGUACUAAGUAUACUACCUCUGUGAACUCUUCGCGGUAACCCGCGCGCACGCUUCGCGACGGUAGAGGACUCGAUAUGCAGCGGACACGCGCGUGUCAGCGCGCUGAUCGCGGCAUCUCUCGCGAAACGGAACGCGUGGGACGAGAGCAAGGGAGAUGGCGGCCGAGAGAGUGAGUGAGGGGGAGAGAGAGAGACAGAGAGAGAGAGACAGAGAGAGAGAGAGACAGAGAGGAGGGAGGGAAGAAGGAGAUUGUAAUUAAUUGACGGCUGACGAUUAAUCUCCUCGGGACAAUUAAGAUGUGAAAUAAUUGACUCCUCCGGCCGGGGUCGAUUGCGACGGAUUCUUUCGUGCUAGAAAGAGCUUUACAAAUUUUUCAUCAAUGUUCAAUUAUACAGUUGUACAUAGAGAAGGAGUUUCCCCCGCGCCCUGCCUCCCACCGGGGGGGGAUUUCUCACGAUCCCGAUCACGACGGUGCGUCAUAUUGGGCCUAGCGAUCGACUCCACGUGCGCUUCAUUCCCCCUCCCCCCCCUCUGCCGCCCCAGUUUCCAGGUAGUGUUUCUCUUACUCACUGAACGCUUCUAUUUUUCAUAGACAAUAGACCGGAAGUGCGGGAGUUUUAUAUGACGACUUGAGUGUUUGUAAAUUUUUCGUCCGCGCGACUGACUCGCGCGAGUCUCGCGCGAGUUAUCGAGCGGACAAAUUGACUCGGCAACUUUUCGCGCUGAUACCACGUCGGGGAGUUGGUUUACAGCCGAAUUUCGCUCUCGGACGGGGGAUUUCGCGUCGCGUCGCGAUUAACGUUCCGCGAGAAAGUUUUACGAGUCGACGGAGGAAGGGGGGGGGUGGUCGGGUGUAAAUACUUGGAUCGGCGCGACGCAGUUGACGAAGACGACGAACGUCCGACUUUGCGCGCACCACUGUACAUAUUACGCUCCUGUUACGGUGUGUCUUUGCGUUUGAAUUAAUGAAGACGGGCACGGAAAGUAUCUCGAAGAGCGAGUUGCUAGGGGAGAGGUGAAGAGGGGAGAAAGACACAUGUAAAUAUAUGGAAUACACUUGUUAGGAAACAUCCACGGGGAUGCAUCACCGAUUUCUCUGCGCUUCGGAGCAACGAGGCAUAAGAAACGUACAUUUUUUUAUGGAUUUGCUGUUUCGCACGUUCGGAGAUUGGGCGAAUCCCCUCGAGGAAAAUUCGGCUCGAUUGAUUUUGGGCGAAUAUCUUUGAAGCCGUAUAGCGGAGGGAAUAUUUCGGACAGAAGUUUUAUGGUAUAUUCGUCGGUCCUCUUUUUCGAGAACUGUGUUUUUUUUUUCGAAAAUAUAAUUGUAUAUUCGAGUUCUCGACGUGUAUUCCCAACGUUCAUAUGUUCUUGAAAAUUGCAAAUUCAUAAAGCACAUUUAACGUCAUCGAACCUGUGCCUGCAACAUUUUGUCAUACAGCUCACACGCUUUUGAAUAUGUUCGCUCCCAAUCAAUUUAUCGGAUUACCUUCGAGGGAUUGUUUCGAUCCCUAAAUAUGCGAAAAAACGUAUUCGGGAAAAUUCGUGUCAUAUAUAUAUAUAUAUAUAUAUAUAUAUUUCGAGCUGAUCCAAAACCCAUCGAAAUCGCUGAGCAUGUCCAAAUGUUUCUUCGUUAAUGAUUUAUCCCGCUUUUUCGCGUCCCGAACCGGACGGAGACCUAAUAGCUAAUAUGCAGCGUGACUAUAUAUGUAUGUAUGUAUUUACACAUAGAUGCAUAUAUGCAUAUAUGUACGUAGGCAGUCUGAAAAGUUCUCGACCUGACACAUACAUGGCAUUAGAUACUGUCAAAUUAUAAUUGUAUUGGAAAGUGGCAUCUCUGAUAUAAACCCAUGUAAAAUUUUAUUCGAUCUGUCAAGUCAUUCGAGUAGUAGCACCAGUUGAGAAAGAUGAGUGCAAGAUGAGUGUCGCAUUUGCUAACAAUUGACCAAAAACGCAUUCGAAUGCGUAUUUCUCAAGCGUGUCUGGCACAUUUUUAUCGUUUUAAGCAAAAUAAAAUGGAUCUCAUAACUGUUGAUGAAACUUGAAUUCAUCACUACAGCGAACACGACCACAGCGAAAAGAACCUUCCGGAAUCACACUUUAAUGAUGGUAUUGAAUUAUUGGAAAGACGUUGGAAUAAAUGUAUUGAAGUUUCAGGAGAUUAUAUUGAAAAAUAAAACAUAUAUCACGGCAAAAAAGAAUCUUCUUUCAUUGUUAGGCCGAGAACUUUUCAGACUGCCCUCGUAUAUUCGUGCGCUUGCUUACUUGUACUUUAAUCCUUCCUUCCAUCUAUAAAUCUAUUCCAUACGUUUACCACUUCAACGACCUUGCGUGACCACGUUUGUCAAUUCUAUUUAUUUGUAGAUAUAACACACAGAGAGGGAGAGAGAAAAUAAGAGAGAGAGAGAGAGAGAGAGAGAGAAGGGAGAGACAGACUGACGGACAGAUAACGACAGACGACUCUUUUUAUUAUACGCGUAUAAAUACAUGUGUAUAUAUUAUAUUGUACAUAUCAAAUCGUAACGCGCGAGAUAACCGCGACUUAGAUAACCGUUGCAUCGUAGAUAAUCCUUGUGAUAGCGAAACGAUGUAAAGAAAAAGUCUUACACAUCUAUUUUCGUACAUCAGAUAUUUUGCUAUCGGCCCUCCCUCCCUCCCUCCCGCCUUCCUCCCCCCCCCUCUCUCUCUCUCUCUCUCUCUCUCUCCCCGCGAAUUUCGACAGCGGGGAUAAUUCGCAAGGGGAUCUAUGCGGAUCGUUUGAGGAGCGGGCUCGCGCUUCUUCUUUCUGGGCGAUGGAGGGACACGAUGAUACAGGAAUAUUCCCUUGACGUGUCGCGUGCGCGAUAUCCGAAAGUGUAACGAAUAUGCGGCGACGGACGACGAGGGUGUCUCUCAAAGCUAACGCGAGAGGAGCGAAUCCCGGACCGGAGCGAUACGAACGAAGGUAAUUUGUACUGCGAGGCGCUUGUAAAUAAUAAAAUACUGCAAGAGAGGAGGGAGAAACCUACUAUCGUGUGACGAGAUGAGCUCUCUUCCUCUCUCCCCCCCCCUCUCUCUCUCUCUCAAUUCACGCGAACAUCAAUUAUCGGAUAUCGAGGAUCGCACAAUAAUCUGAUUUCCGUUGGCGAAAAAAUGCGCGUCUCGCGUUCGAAAAUGUCGUGCGAACGGCGCGUCGGAGUGUCACGCUUCCAGCGUGUCCUCCUCCAACAUGUCGCGAUCGCGAGAGCUGACGAGAGGUGACACACGAAGAAACACACCGAGACGACACAUCGCCGGCAGCGCGACGUCCCCAGCGUUCUUCCAGCCUCCAUCGUGAAUACCGAAGUGUGUUCCGCGUGACGGUCCUACUUGUACAUAUUAGAUUAAUUAACGGAAAGUCGUGCAGCGCGCUACCGCGCGGACGGACGGUCGCGUCUUUCUUUCGCUAUCUCUUUCUCUCGCCCUACGGCGCGAAACGAACAAACGACGAGGGGGAGAACGCCGCGUAAAACCCGCUCGCAGUUUUCACGCGGACGAAGAGAGGAGGAAAAGAAAAAGGGCGAAAACGCGCGGCUUUUGGCGCGCUGAUAAAAUCAUCACGACCGGGAAAAGAUACGCGCGGUGUCCUCGCUCGCGGGGAAAGGGUAAACUAAAUUCACAUUCGCGCGAAUUUCUCUCUCUUUGGGGUGGAGACCCGGGGUGUUCAUGAACGACACCGUCGGAAAAUCAACGGUUUCCCGGCGACUGCGCUUGCUUAGUGAUUAGAUCACGUGACUUUGUAUUUCGCGUGUAAUAUUUUACGUGCAAUGUUUUCGCGUGAAUUUCGGGCACAAUUAAAUUACAGGAUAAAUUACUUUGUUUCAUCCCCGCAUCUCUCCCGGGGAAAGUCUGCCUGUCUCUGUUCGCUUUUCCCUCUUUUUCUCUCUGUUUUUUCUUUCUUGUUCUUUUUUUCCAACGACAAGUCGCCCCCAGUCGGUCGCGAGUCCUCUCUAUUUUCUGUGUCAGAAAAUACACAGAUUGUCUCUCGGCGAGCUCGAAACGCAUGUCGCUUUAAUUGAGGACUUGAUAUCAGCCGUGAGCAGUCUCCGGUCGGAAAGUUGAAAAAUUAAAGGCGACGAGAGCCGUCACUCGCUGACGCGACUCGGCGCCGUCGUAAUUAAGCUUCGUAAGCAUCGGUUAUUAAAAUUUUUUCGAUAAACUCACGGUUCCGAUAAAUUUCACGGUCCGCGGCGCGAACGAGCAUUCACGGGCUUAACGACGUCGUGUAAAUAGGGGGAUCGUCGAUGAGAUCGUUAAACCGAUAGAUCGUAAAGGGUAAUGCGCAGCUAAAGUGUGAUAAGUCGUUCUUUUCCGUGAAGAUGUGCUCUUGUCAUUUUUAAUCGCGCGCACACACACACACACACAUACACACACUGUCAGGCUUGACCUUCGAUGAAACGUGUGCGCGAGCGUUUGUAAAAAUAAAUCGCCACUCAUCCGUUCGUUAGCUCGCCGGUGUGAUGUAACCGCUUGCGCGUUGCGCAAUCGGCCGUUAAUCGCAAAUAGUUCAAAUUUGUCCUGUCUCCUUUUUCCGCUCGUUUCCUGCCUCGUAAAUCGGCGCGCUACAAGCCUAUUUGAGCGUUUUGUAUUGGCUUUUUAUAUUGUCUUAUAAUACUUACCUACAAAUUCCCACACACACACACACACACAUGCUAACGACACACAGCACUGCCCUCGAUACAUAUCCAGUCGUCCGCCACGUUUAAGAGUUAAACGUAACGAAUCAAAAGAGAGACCUCGAUGCGGCGGGAUCUCGACGGAGGGAGAGGACGACGCGCAGCUUUUUUCGCGCCCGGCGACACGCGAAUUGUUGUUUGUACAUUCUCCGCGUCGCGCAUAAUGUUGUAGCUCCGUUCACGAGCACCGCCGAGAAUCCCGCAGGCGAGAUUUCCUAGCGCCUGGAUUUUUCAACGAGAGAACGCAGCAACGCCCGAAAACGCGCGGCGAAAAGACCCGCUCGGGACACAAUGACUGUCCUUGUAACGAUAUUGUAACAUACUAUAUGUUUUGUGCUGUCGUUAGAAGAGAGGAAUUCUAUAUAAAUAUAUAUAUGUAUUAAAAAAUAAAAUUAUAUAUAUAUAUACACAUGUUCGCCGUCGCUCGGACGAUUCGCGAAGCGAAGCUCGUUUGGGAUCGCGCGAGCGCGGACCAGCGAAUCGCGACGAUUACGUACGAUAUUCCUUACGCGUUACGAUGUAAUAUUAUAUUUAUUAAAUAAAAAUAGUAAGUGACGUAUUUUUUGAUCA